GUGCUCGCUGAUUCCACUGGAAGGCUGCAUCAUAUUUCCCUGCACUGCCUAAAGCCAUCGUAAUAUCAUGGAUGCUCUACAAAGUAUCUCCAUGGUCCUUUUCAAGUACCCUCUCAUACCCUUCACUAGCUCGGGUGUACUAUUGGGCUGCCUCGCCAUAUCUCUUGUGUCAGACAAAGCGGCCCCAAUCUUAAAGAUAGUCCACAAGGCUUGUUCAUUGUCUUCGCCAACUGAUCUGAUCAUGCUGCUCACCGUUUUCUGGGACCACUCGAGAGCUCCGGCUAUUCCAUCUUGAAGGAAAAAGUUGUCCGCAACAUUCCAUGCCGCGUUUGUUGUGAGUGGGCGACCUUCACAUUUCUUAAGGACAGCUCGUAGGUGAGGAUAAAGCCGAAACUUAAAUGUAGAGUAACUCAGAUAUGGGCCCUCUUUUUUCUGACUUAGCGCGUGUUGGACAAGGU